AUGCCCGCACCCAAUGGCCUAUGCCUGAAGGUACUAAAGAUGUUCGAACAUCGCGGAGAAAACUUCAAGAUUAUCUACGGACAACAUCGCGCGAAAGGUCAUGAGCGCCUCCUUGUGUUGGAUUCGUCCUUCAAUCCUCCUCACAUGGGCCACUACACGCUUAUCAAAAAGGCUUUAAACUUUUAUCAAAAAACUAAUGAAAAGUUACAUGUUCUACUUCUUUUAUCCGUGAAUAAUGCUGACAAAACGCCUAAGCCUGCCUCUUUCGAUAAACGUAUGGACAUGAUGUGUUUGAUGGCUGAUAUGCUGGCAGAAGAAUCAGUUGAAGCGUCAGUUGCCAUCACCACUUUUGGAAAGUUUGUGGACAAAUCGUCGGCAAUUCAUGGAGAGUUUGGAUCCCAAGUCUCUAUCGUGUAUCUUGUAGGAUUUGAUACAAUUAUUAGAAUUUUCGACCCCAAAUAUUAUGCACCCCUCCUACCUGCUCAGGCUUUAGAGAGCUUCAUGUUGAACACAGAGUUCUAUUGUCUGACGAGAGGAACCGAAGUCGAAACUCUUGAGCAGCUACAUUACAGCAAAGAAAUUCGUGAUGGGAAGUAUGAACCCAUCAUUCCAAAGUCGUGGUAUGAUAAAGUUCACGUCGGUAAGAAUGUAGAGAAAUAUGCUUCAGUCUCAUCGUCUGCUAUUCGAGACUUAUUCUAUACUUCUCCAGAAAGUGUGCGAAACGAGAUUCCCUCGAGGAUUAGUGCUUACAUCAAAGAACAAUACCCGAACUCUAAUAUAUUUUUAUAA